CCGAUCCUUCCAUUUCAUUUCCCCUAUCUCUUCCUCUUCCAGAGAGAGAGAGAGAGAGAGAGAGACAGAGCUGCUGAAAUUCCUCCUCCUCUGAGUGAGAGAGAAGAAGAUGUCAGCUUUCGACACCUACAGCAACGACGGAGAUGAGGGACUGCAGUCAACGGCCCGGCCGUUCGAUGAUGAUGGUUACAUGGGUUAUGAUCCCCGCCUCCCUUCCCAACGCUACGAUUCCUCCUCCUUCCCCACUUUCACCGAAGAGGAAGAAGAUCCUGACCACCACCAUCCGAUCGACGAUGCCGAUCACAUCCCUGUUCGCCACGUCUCUGCUCCUCCUCCCUUAGACGACGAUCACAUCCCUCCCUCUCCUGAUGCCUACGGCUUCCGCCCCUCCUCCAUUCCCAUCUCUGACGACUCCCCUACUCCUUUCUCCGCUCCCAUCCCUGAUGAAUCCGCCUCCCCUUUCUCCGCUCCCAUCCAUGAUGAAUCCGCUUCCCCUUUCUCCGCUCCCAUCCCUGAUUCCAAUGGCAGGGCUUACGCCCUUGAUGAUGCUCUCUUCUCUGACGAUGGACCCGUCCUUCCCCCUCCUGAGGAGAUGCGCGAGGAAGGCUUCAUGCUUCGCGAAUGGCGCCGUCAAAAUGCCAUUCGCCUUGAGGAGAAGGAAAGAAAGGAAAAGGAGAUGCUGAACCAAAUCAUUGAUGAAGCUGAGGAAUACAAGCGUGCUUUCUAUGAGAAGAGGAAAAACACCUGUGAAACUAACAAGACCCAUAACAGAGAAAGAGAAAAGCUAUAUCUGGCUAACCAGAAGAAGUUCCACGAGGAGGCGGACAAGCAGUACUGGAAAGCGAUAGCAGAACUCAUUCCCAAUGAGCUUCCUACCAUCGAGAAGAAGGGCAGAAAAAAGGACCAGGACAAGAGGCCAUCGAUUGUUGUUGUUCAGGGCCCAAAGCCUGGCAAGCCCACUGAUCUUUCCAGGAUGCGGCAGAUACUUGUGAAGCUGAAACACACUCCCCCUCCUCACAUGAAACCUCCACCACCACCACCUGAACCUGCCAAAGAUGCUGCGGCCAAAGGCAAAGAUGAUGCUGCAGCCAAGGGCAAAGAUGCAGCGGCCCAAGGCAAAGAUGCGGCGGCUACAACCAAAGAUGGAACUGCACCAACUACUCCACCUAAAGAUGCUGCAAAUGGUUCCGCCAAGUCAAAAGAAGCAGCUUCUGCACCAGAUGAGGAGCAGCCAGCUGCACCACCUGAGCCAGUCCCUGUCGCAUAGGACGUGCUAACAUGAUUUCUGUUUUUUUUUUUUUUAAUGGACAUCAACAUUGCACCCAUUAUUUCAGUCUAUUUUGGUUUCCGUCACUCUCGUACCAUAAUUACUGUGAAUAAGAACCCUCUGUGGGUUAUAGGCUUAGAAGAGCUGCUUUUUCAUUUUGCUCUAGGGAUUUGUUGUUGGAUGGCCGCAUCUGAUUUUGUUUUUUGUUUUUGUGGAAAUUUAUUAUUGGAGUAGGGAUUUAUUUGUCUAA